GUGCUGCACGAUCAGCUGCUAGCUGCUCAUCAACAUAUGUCUCACCCACAGCAACCGCGCCCGCAACCGCAGACGGCACCGCCUCCGCAUAUGCAACCCAAUAUCACGAGUCCGCGAGAUCAGAACAACAUUGACCCUGCCAUUUCAGGCGCCACAAUGCUGAGUGGCCCCCCGCAAACACCCCCUCAACCCGAGCCUACGAGCCAAGAAUCGCCCAAGACCUAUGGCAAGCGACCGUUGUCGACCUCCAAGCGCGCUGCGCAGAAUCGUGCCGCUCAAAGAGCUUUCCGCCAACGGAAAGAGAGUUACAUCCGAAAACUGGAAGAACAAGUCAAGGAAUUCGAUGGCAUGUCGGAGACGCUGAAGGCCCUCCAGGCUGAGAAUUACCAGCUGCGAGAACACAUUAUCAACCUGCAAUCCCGGCUCCUGGACUCGCAGGGCGAGAUCCCCGAGCUGCCCGGCAACAUUGAUUUGAGCCAGCCACGAGCAGACCUGUCUCUUCCUGGCACCGGUCCAGCACCCACGGGGGCACCUGCCCAGGCUCCUCCAGGACCUCCCCAACAGCCUCAAGCCCAAACGCAAGCAUCUGCGCCCAAUGACGAUAUGAACUCGCUGAACCGCAUCGCCGUGGCUGGCCUGGGUAUGCGCAAACACCCGAAUGAGGAAGCCAAUUUUCUAGGAAACAACUUCCAAGCUCGCCGCCCGCGCGCCGAUGAAGGCCAACCAGAUGCGUCCGACGUCCCGAAGACGGAAAUGAGCCACGGCUUGCCGGUUGUUUCAUGAGGCAUCACACCAUAUUGAUCACCUACUCUGCGUUCUUUUGCUGUUUUUCUGUCCCCGUUGAUCCUCGAAUUUAACCAUUGAUUGCUCUGGCUUGCAGUUUUUCUCCCACCCUUCUAUGUAUCCUCCUCGGUGUAAGGCGCCAUGUAUCUAGGUAUUAUCUCUGGCUCAGGAAGGAGCGGCGUUCUGCGUUCACUCUUCAUAUUCUCUGUCUACUUUAUCACAUGAAACCUAGAAGGGAAUGAAAAUGAUAACCACGCUAGC